AUGAGUGGGCAAUCAAUAAUAAAUGAUUAUCUGUUUUUGACAGGUGACAAUGUCGCUGAUCUUGUUGCCAGUGAACUUGGAUUGAAAAAUAAAGGAAAGAUAUUUGAAAAUGAUGAUUAUUACUUGUUCGUACAUCCUCGAAUAGAGCGUCGCUCGAAACGUGCUGCUCAUGAUACUACAGCAUCUCUUUCACAACAUGAAAAGGUUUCAUGGGCCGAACAACAAAAAUCACAAUAUCGUGUUAAACGAGAUUUGAUUGAUAAACGUGAAGAUGAAGAUCGAAUAUACAGAUCGAUAUCGUUUAGUGAUCCUAAAUUUGAUAAAGAAUGGUAUUUGAAAGAUACGAGAUCAAAAAGUUCACUUGAUUUACCGAAAUUAGAUUUACAUGUCGUGCCUGCUUGGGCAGCUGAUCCAAAAGCAAGUUGGGAUUUAAAUGAUAAUGAUGAUGAUCCAUCUCCACGUUAUGAUCCUACAAACGAAAACAAACAUGGAACUCGGUGUGCUGGAGAAGUUGCAAUGAUGGCAAAUAAUUCAAUUUGCGGUGUCGGUAUUGCAUACAAUGCAAAAAUCGGUGGCAUACGCAUGCUGGAUGGACAUGUUACAGACCGAGUAGAAGCCGAAGCAAUUGCGUUUAAUCACAAAUAUAUUGAUAUUUAUUCAGCAUCUUGGGGACCAAAUGACGAUGGCCGAACUGUUGAAGGACCAGGAACACUUGCAUCCGCAGCAUUUAUUAAAGGAAUUACAGAAGGUCGAAACGGUAAAGGUGUAAUAUAUGUCUGGGCAUCUGGAAAUGGUGGACGUAGACAAGAUAAUUGCAACUGCGACGGAUAUACGGGCUCAAUAUACACAAUUUCCAUUAGUUCUGCAUCUGAACAUCAACAAUCACCGUGGUACGCAGAAAAAUGUCCGUCAACGAUGGCUACAACAUACAGUAGUGGAGCAUAUCAAGACCAAAAAGUAACAACAACUGAUCUUCAUAAUCGUUGUACAGAUGAUCAUACGGGUACAUCAGCAUCUGCACCAUUGGCAGCUGGAAUAUUUGCACUUGUUUUGGAAGCAAAUUCAGAAUUAACAUGGAGAGAUCUACAACAUUUAGUUGCAUGGACAUCAGAAUAUGCUCCAUUGUCUCAUAAUCAUGGUUGGACAACAAAUGGUGCGGGUUUUAAGGCAAAUAGUCGAUUUGGAUUUGGCCUUUUAAAUGCUGCUGCUCUUGUUCAAGCUGCAAAAGAUUGGGUAACAGUUCCUAAACAAAGCAUAUGUGAAAUAGAACCAAUAAAAUUCGAACGACAAAAAAUAAGUCCCGAGCGACCUCUUGAAAUUGAUUUUCCAGUCACGGGUUGUGAAGGUGAAAAUAAUGUUGUUCGCUUUUUGGAACAUGUUCAAUUGUACGUAACACUGACAUAUAACAGACGUGGUGCAUUAAAAAUUAACAUUACUUCCCCUCAUGGUACGGAAACAACUCUGUUAGCUGAACGUGAACAAGAUUCAUCCAGCGAAGGUUUUAAAAAUUGGGCAUUUAUGUCUGUACAUAAUUGGGGAGAAAAUCCCAAAGGUGUUUGGAAAAUCGAAAUAAUUGAUGCGACGGGAAAUAAAAACAAUCAUGGUGAACUACAAGACUUUCGAUUAGUAUUGCAUGGUACAGCAGAUAUUCCGCGUCACUUGAAAAAUGGGCCAAGAGUGUAUGAUGAAAAUUACAAUACUGUACAUAACGAACGAAGUGAACGUCUCACAAACCAAUUAAAUUCACAGGAAAAACAUCAAAUGAACGUUGAAUCACCAGUCAAACGCUACAGAGAGCAAGAACAGCCGGUUCAAUCGAAUAAUCAUUGGCUAAAAGUAUUGGCUAGAUUAAAUGGAAAUUGGUUACAAUAA